CCUUCAAUCAACCUAAAAUGAUUAGUUUUGAAAUGGAUAUGCAUGUCCAUAGGCUUGAACGCCAAUGUGUGUUUGUCUAUAUGCACCCUGCGAUUGGCUGGCAAGCAGUCCAGGGUGUGACUCCGCCCCUUGGAGAAGAAGAUGGAUGGAUCUACCGUCUGUGCAAUUAUGUCCAGGUGACUUCCCAUCAAAGCAUCAAUCCUACCUCAACAAUCCCAAUCACCACUUCCAGACCUUCAGUUUGCGAGUGUGCGUGAGAGAGAGACUCAGUCACCACGGCGACUCCGGCGCCAAGCAUGCGUGACAUCACGCCAUCGAAUCACAAUAAAAGGCCAACCCGGGACCUUGGUCUUCAGAUGCGUCCCGACUGGGAGGGGACGAACUUAUUUCGCUCCGACAGGACUUUCAAUCAAUUACCUAUCGACGACCGACACAAGCACUGUCGGGAUUUUGGGACACGGCAUUGAAACGACGAGUGGCAGGCUCCAGCCAAUCACAGCACAGCGUGACUAACCUGAAAAUGGACACCUCGGGCGCCUCCUUCCUCUCGUUCCUGGUCCUCAUCUUCAUCCUGACCCUCGCCGCCGAGUCCCGGCCGGCGCCUCGGAGCCACGAUGCCAAGGCCAUGACUGCCCUGUUUGGAUCACGGCUCUCCUCCCUCCUCAUGGCGCCACCAUCCCCGUCCGAGGGGUCAGCAGUAGGUCCGGCAGCACCCCGGAAGCGGGAGGAUGAGGAAGCGGAGGGGACGGCGGGAGGGUCACGCUUCCUUGUGGACUCCCUACGGCGGUACGCCAAGGUGAGGCGGCGCGGCGGGAAGUGGACGUCGCUUGGAGGACGAGGAUGCUUCGGCUUGAAGAUGGAUCGCAUCGGCGCCGUCAGCGGACUUGGAUGCUAAACUCUGACAUGCUACCUCUGACCCCUGGCAAAGGCUGCUAGACGACUGUGUGUGUGUGUGCGCGUGUGUAACAAGACAAGCAUGUGUUAAACAUGUGCAUUUGCGUGUUGACAAGUUGUACCAUGACAAUAUUC